UUUAUAGUGUGGGUAACUUGUCUGUUAGUGCAGCUCCUGCCUGCAUACUCUUACUUCAUCAGUAUUGAACCUAAGAAAGAGAUAUGUUUCUAUGAUACAGCCGUUAGUGGCACUAAAAUGAGCCUCACUUUUGAAGUGGCUGAGGGUGGCUUCCUCGACAUCGACGUAAGGAUAUCUGGUCCUGAAGGUAAAACUGUUUACAAAGGCUCACGGGAGAGCAGUGGCAAGUACGCUUUCAGCGCCUACAUGGACGGAGAUUAUAAGUACUGUUUUGGUAAUGCUAUGAGUAAGAUGACUAGUAAAGUUGUAAAGUUUAGUAUGGAUAUUGGGGAAAAGCCGAAACACGAUAAUGGCGACACAGUCGAUCAAGACCAUGAUAAAUUAGCAGAACAACUUGAACAGCUGAGUGGACAACUAGUGGCUGUUAAACAUGACCAAGAAUACAUGGAAGUCAGGGAUAGAACCCAUUCUAUGAUAAACGGAUCUACUAAUCAGAGGGUGGUAUGGUGGGCUUUCUUCGAAGCUUUAGUACUACUGGCAAUGUCUCUAGGACAAGUUUACUAUUUGAAACGAUUCUUCGAAGUGCGGCGAGUUGUCUAAGACAAUUAUGUCGUAGGUUGCACUUAAUAAUGAUUAAAUGCCAUUUGUAACUAAGUUUAUUUUCAGUAGCAUGUAUAUUGGGCCGUUUUAAUUAUGUCAAUGGGUUUAUAGUUGUUUUCCUUUAUUAGAUUGUGUUUUGGUGAGGGGGAAGGUUUACUUUUUUUAUAUAGAAUACAGCCGAAUCUGGUUAGUGAUUUCAAAUCUUUAGCUUAGCAUUUUAUUAGAAAAUGUUACCUUUUAGUAAAUUACGGAAUAAAUUGUUAUCAUUCACUCGAUUAUGUUUAUUCUGCAUGCCUUUCUGAAGUGCAUGGUUUAUAGCAAGCAUGGUUUCGGAUUAUUAAUUUUUGAUUAACGGCUCAAUGGUACUGAUUGCAUUUAUAUUUAUAGAGGUAAUUCAUAAUCCCGAUUUCAACUUUUAGAACUCUUAAGAGAGGAAGCACAUUGAAAUAUAUUUAUUUAAACCAUUUAAUCUUAACCUUGUUUUUAUACCGGAAAUAAAACCAUGUUUCAAUUUGAUGGAAAUGUCAAGAAUCUCUACAAUUAACAAUAGCAUACCAAACCAGACCGCAUUCUUUCUUUGAGCAACCUAAUUGAACCAAAUUUCGCAACCACAUCGACUGUGCAUCCUAAUAAUUUCACACUUAAUCAUAUGACGAAUAAAAAUCGACGUUAAAUUAGAGUACAUACUAAAAGUAAAA